ACUCAGAUAGGCACAACCGCUGUUGUACGGACACUGGAAGUGUCUCUGAAAAGUGAAAACCAUAUCAACAUAAAAAAAGAAAAGAACCUUUUUUUAUCAGUCACAAGAAGAAGCAGCCACCGCCAUUAUUGACCCAUCACGCAGCUCAAAGAGUUGGAUGGAACAUUGAUGUUUCUGAAGCUGCACAACAACAAUUGACCCUUGUUCAUUGAUGAUGUAACUGUAACUAACUUAGUUUGGAUUAGUUGUGUUGGACUUGGAUAGCACUGUAACUGAGCCAAUAAUGGGAAUCCAUCUUGCAUUGUUUCUUCUUUUGAGUGUUCUUCGCGUUACUUUAAGUCAAGAUAUUGCACAUGGUUCACUUCUGGUAGAUGGAGCUCAAGCAAAAGCCGAAACAGGUGAUAACUAUGUCUGUGCAACUAUUGAUUGGUGGCCUCAUGAUAAGUGUGACUACAACCAUUGUCCAUGGGGACAUUCUUCUGUUUCAAAUUUGGAUUUGACUCAUCCUUUCCUUGCCAAAGCUAUCCAAGCUUUCAAGCCUUUGAGGAUAAGACUUGGAGGUUCUUUGCAAGAUCAGGUGCUGUAUGAUAUAGGACUGCAAACUCCAUGUCAUCCAUUUCAAAAGAUGAGUGGUGGAUUGUUUGGAUUUUCGAAGGGAUGUUUACACAUGCAAAGGUGGGAUGAGCUGAAUCAGUUUUUCAAUAAGACAGGAGUCAUUGUGAUUUUUGGACUGAAUGCACUCCAUGGGAAGCACCAGAUUAGGCAUAAUGUUUGGGAAGGAGCUUGGGACCCUCAGAAUACUUACGAUUUUCUUAAGUACACUGUCUCGAAAGGAUACAAGAUUGAUUCGUGGGAACUUGGUAAUGAGUUGAGUGGUAAAGGCAUUGGUGCUAGUGUCGGUGUUGCGCAGUAUGGAAAAGACUUGAUAAAACUCAAACAAAUUAUUGAUGUAUUGUAUGAGAACUCCAAGUUCAAACCUUCACUCGUAGCACCGGGUGGAUUUUAUGAAAAGCAGUGGUAUGACAAGCUUCUUCAAGUUUCAGGUUCUGGCAUAAUCAAUGUUGUGACUCAUCACUUGUAUAAUUUGGGGCCAGGUAGCGACCAGCAUCUCGAAAGGAAAAUUCUGGAUCCUAUACGCUUGAGCAGGGUAGAAUAUAUUUUCCGCAAUCUUACAGAAACCAUUCAAGAACAUGGUCCUUGGUCUUCUGCAUGGGUAGGAGAAGCUGGCGGUGCAUACAACAGCGGCAGUCCUUCUGUUUCCAACUCAUUCUUGAACAGCUUUUGGUACUUGGAUCAACUUGGAAUGGCUUCCACCUACAACACUAAAGUUUAUUGCCGGCAGACUUUAAUCGGAGGGAAUUAUGGCCUUAUCAAUGUUACCACUUUCACUCCCAACCCUGACUAUUACAGUGCACUAUUGUGGCAUCGGCUAAUGGGAAAGAGGGUUCUUGCAGUUUCAAGUGAUGUUUCUUCCCCAUUUUUGCGCACUUAUGCUCAUUGUUCAAAAGACAGAGAGGGUGUAACACUACUACUUAUCAACUUAAGUAAUCAGACUCGUUUCAUACUCAACAUUCGGAACCCUGUGACCGCAAGUGUUGAAGAGAAUAACACGGCCAAAACCACCCAGAAAGACGACGACUCAUUCAUUGCUCGCCUCAAGAGGGCGUUCUCUUGGGUCGGAACGAAAGGAUCAGAUGUGACAUUCAGAGAGGAGUACCACUUAACUCCAAAAGAUGGUUACCUUCGAAGCCAAACCAUGGUGCUGAAUGGUGUUCCAUUGAAGCUAACAAACGAGGGAGAUAUACCAACAUUGGAGCCAGUUAAAAGCAAUGUGCAUUCUCCAAUAUAUAUUUCUCCUUUGUCUAUUGCAUUUAUUGUAUACCCCAACUUUGAUGCCCCAGCUUGUUCUAGGCACCGAAAACUUUAAAAGGAUGUGUGGUUAGAAGAAUGUUUUUAUAUCAGAAUUGUUUUACAAUAUAAGAUUUCAGCAAUUUGAAAAUCUUUUACAAACCACACGUCUUCUAAAGUUUUAUCUAUUGAAUGUUGUACACUACACACUAGGACCAUGGAAUUGCAUAUCUCAUGAUAAUUGUAAGUAAUGAGCAUUAUUAUAGCUUUUGCAAUAACAUAAUAUUUGAAGAAACAUAUAAGUUGUAUAAUGAACUUGUGAAUAAAAUUGCUGGUUUCAAUUA